CUGCCCAUUUCCGUCUUUGCAUUGGAACACUCACGUCCAUCCACUCCUUCGCCGUCGCCUCAUUAUUCUCUAUUCGGGCGUGAAGGCAACAACCAACUCGGCAUUGAGGUAGAGUCCACGCGCUCAUCGCCACAACCUUCCCGUCUGGGAUCGAGUCUAUCAAAAUUGCCAUUUCCCUCCCGAAUCGAGCCUCCUCAACGCAUGAUAUAAUAAUAGUCCACACAGCUCUGUUGCAGGAGACCUUAUCAGCGUUUCCGUCGCCUUCAAACCAGGACAAAACCGUGGACACCAAGACCAAAAAAAGAAACCAAAAAGACGACUGUGCACCAAUUUGAUUCGGGGGGACACAUGUUGAAUUAAACCAACCCGGCAAUAUCCAACCCAAGCCUGACACCACCCGGCGCAAUGCUUUUCUGGCUCCUGUUGCCGUACUUCGUCCUCGUCGCCGUCCUCUUCCAGGCCGUGCAGAGGCUGCGGUCGCCGGUGGCCCGGCUGCCGGGCCCGGGCUACACGGCCUGGACGUCGCUGGUGCUGAAGUACCACGAAUUCACGCACGGCCGGCGCCUGUACAUCCACGCCCUGCACCGACGGUAUGGGCCGGUCGUGCGGCUCGGGCCCGGCGAGGUGUCGUUCGCGACCGCCGACGCGGCCAAGGAGAUCUACAUGUCGGGCGGCAGCGGGUACGACAAGACGCCCUUCUACUCGCUGUUCACCCAGUUUGGGACGCGCACGCUGUUCUCGACGCUCCCCAGGGCCGACCACAGCUACAUGAAGCGAUACCUGGCCGACCGGUACGCGAACACCAACAUCAUGAAACCCGACAUCCUGAACGGCAUCUCCCAGCACGCCCGGGACUUUUUGAACAAGUGCCUGGACCAGUGUUACGGGAGUGAUGGGUUCGCCGACAUCUACGUAUCUCUCCACUGCUUCGCCCUGGACGGGGUGACGCAUCAGCUUUUCCACCCGUACGGCACGCACGCCAACAGGAACGAACGAGAUCUGCGGCUGAUGCAGGAAUUGUCUUACCACGAUAGUCUGAAAAGCAAUGUCGCCAUCUAUUACAUGCCGUGGCUCUCUGGUGUGGUCCACUACAUCAGCCCUCCCAAGCCCGCGCCGCUGUCGAAUGAAUACGUCCUGAAGACUAGCGCACUCCCGUCGCCGUCGCCGUUCAGCCUCCUCUCGAAGCUCCAGGCACAAGCCAAGGCGACCAGCAUGGCCCCCUACGCCGUGCCCGCCGAAUGCAAGGACCACCUGGCCGCGGGCGUCGACACGACCGGCGACGCGCUCUGCUUUCUGAUGCACCACCUGUCAUUACCCACGCCGGCUUCGCAGCGCGUCCAGGGCCUCCUGCACAAAGAACUCGCCGAGAACGCCGCAGUACCCUUCGACCAACUCCCCUACCUAGACGCCGUGGUCAAGGAAGCCCUCCGCUGUUUUCCCCCGAUACCCAUGUCGAUGCCGCGAUGUGUGCCUCGCGGGGGCAGCACGAUCGAAGGCCACUUCAUCCCGCAAGGGACCAUCGUGAGUUGUCAGGCCUACACGCUGCACAAAGAUCCCGAUGUGUUCCCCAACCCAUUGGAGUUCUUGCCGGAGCGCUGGCUGGACAAAGCCGGCGAGGCAGAGAGGAACAGGUUAUUCUUCGCCUUCUCCAGCGGCGGAAGGGGAUGUCUGGGCCGGCACCUCGCCAUAGCGGAGAUGAAACUCCUCCUCCGCGAGGUCUACUCCCAGUGCCGCACGACCUUGUCUAGUCAGAUGAACAGCGACAUGGAGAUGGAGGACCAGAUCAUUGCCAGUCGGCCCAAGGGCCAGAGCUGCAAGCUGGUGUUUGAGAAGGUCGUAUAACUUAGCACAAGAUCAGGUUUGUCCUAGUUGACACGUACGUAGAAAGGUUAAAUCGUGGCUCAUAUUAGCGUUGGAUAGCAAUUCGAAAAGCCGGCGCAGAAGAUAUUCCCUCGUGCUUUUGUAUUUGUCGC